CUGAGCUGUGAGGAACCAGAGUGUUUACUAGACAUCACUGAUUCCCUGAGGAUGGAGAACGACAGCAGUCACAUGACUGAGAGGAUACUAAAUCUCACCCUGGAGAUCAUCUACCUGCUGACUGGAGAGGAUUACACAAUAGUGAAGAAGACAUCCAGUGAGUGUCAGACACCCAGCAGCCGUCCCCGCAUGUCAGGAGAACUGAGCAGGACCCAGAGUCCCAUCAUGGUGCCCCCACCUCGCUUACUGAUACAUGAGAGACACAAUGACCAGAAGAUCCUGGAACUCACCAACAAGAUCAUUCAGCCUCUAACUGGAGAGGAGGGGGAGUAUAUAGAGGAACACAGGGGUCUGUACAAGGACGUGAUGAUGGAGAAUCACCGGCCCCACACAUCACUAGAUGGACCCAGUAACAGAGAUACCCCAGAGAGAUGUCCCCGUCCUCUGUAUUCCCAGGACUGUACAGAGGAGAUUCACAGGAUCCCACAGGAGGAUCAGGUUGAAGAUCUGACUAAUCUAGAAGUAGAAGAUAUAGAGAGAGGAGAAGAGACGUAUGUGACAGAUAUGAAGGCAGAAGAAAUAGAGGAAAAAGAGACGUAUGUGACUGAUAUGAAGGCAGAAGAUAUAGAGGGAGAAGAAGAGACGUAUGUGACUGAUAGGAAGGCAGAAGAUAUAGAGGAAGAAGAAGAGACGUAUGUGACUGAUAUGAAGACAGAAGAUAUAGAGGAAGAAGAAGAGACGUAUGUGACUGAUAUGAAGACAGAAGAUAUAGAGGGAGAAGAAGAGACGUAUGUGACUGAUAGGAAGGCAGAAGAUAUACAGGGAGAAGAAGAGACGUAUGUGACUGAUAGGAAGGCAGAAGAUAUACAGGGAGAAGAAGAGACGUAUGUGACUGAUAGGAAGGCAGAAGAUAUAGAGGAAGAAGAAGAGACGUAUGUGACUGAUAUGAAGACAGAAGAUAUAGAGGGAGAAGAAGAGACGUAUGUGACUGAUAUGAAGACAGAAGAUAUAGAGGGAGAAGAAGAGACGUAUGUGAGGGGUGAUCAGCAGUGUGAGGAGAAAAUCCCUACAGAUGUCAGCAACGAUGAAUGUAACAGAAGAAAUAUAAUUUCUGAACAUCCCAUUGUAUCUCCAGAUUGUGAAAUAGAAGAUAAAGAUAUCACACAAGAUUCUUUGGCAAACGCUGUGAGCCCAAUUAUACAUCCAGAGCUUCAAAGUGCAGAUAUAUCAUCUGUUACCUCUAACCAAGAGGAAUGUUCUCCUGAUACUUCAGAUAUUGGUCCAUCUAUCAGAGCUCUUAGAGUAGAUGGGACGUUUCCCAGUUCUGUAGAUGGCAAAUGUUUUACAAAGAGCACAAAGCUUAUUACCCAUCAGCCACGAAAAACAGUUGAGAAACCUUUCCCAUGUACUGAGUGUGAGAAAUGUUUUACACAGAAAUACAACCUAGUUAUACAUCAGAAAAGUCACACAGAUGAGAAACCAUUUCCAUGUUCUGAGUGUGGGAAAUGUUUUAAACGCAAAUCAAAUCUUAAUAUGCAUGAGAAAUAUCAUAGAGGUGAGAGACCAUUUCCAUGCUUUGAGUGUGGGAAAUGUUUUACAAGAAAAUCAACUCUUGUUAAACAUGUGAGAUGUCAUACAGGUGAGAGGCCAUUUCCAUGCUCUGAAGGUGGGAAAUGUUUUACAGAUAAAUCAGCUCUUGUUAAACAUGUGAGAUGUCAUACAGGUGAGAGGCCAUUUAUGUGUUCUGAAUGUGAAAAAUCUUUUAAACACAAAUCUCAACUUGAUGAACAUCAGAAAAUUCACACAGAUGUGAAACCUUUUCCAUGUUCUGAGUGUGGGAAAUGUUUUGCAUGGAAAUCACAUCUUGUUAGACACGAGGUAAGUCACACAGGUGAGAAACCAUUUCGAUGCUCUGAGUGUGGACAUUGUUUUACACGCAAAGCAUAUCUUAUUGUACAUAAGAGAUGUCAUAGAGGUGAGAGACCAUUUUCAUGCUCUGAGUGUGGAAAAUGUUUUGCACACACAUCAACACUUAUUAGACAUCAGAGACUUCACACAGGUGAGAAACCAUUUUCAUGUUCUGAAUGUGGAAAAUGUUUUAUACAGAAAUCACAGCUUGUUACACAUCACAGAUGUCACACAGGGGAGAAGCCAUUUUCCUGCUCUGAAUGUGGGAAAUGUUUUCCACACAAAUCAAAGCUUGUUACACAUCAGAGAAGUCACACAGGUGAGAAACGUUUUUCAUGUUCUGAGUGUGGGAAAUGUUUCACUCAUAAAGCAAUUCUUUUUAAACACACAACAAUACAUAAAAAAUGAACUAAAAGAAAUUUCGCACAGGGGAAAAGCCAUUUUCCUGCUCUGAAUGUGGGAAAUGUUUUACACACAAAUCACAGCUUGUUACACAUCAGAGGCGUCACACAGGUUUAAAGCAAUUUUCCUGCUCUGAAUGCAUGAAAUGUUUUGCACAAAAAUCAACUCCAUAUUUUUAGAGAGGAUAUUCUAGGGUUACCUGUGACAUCAAAGAUCAUCAGCAGACACAAUCUAAUUAAUAAAGGGAAUAGAAAAGUUAUAAAGAGAGGUUAGAAAAAUAAAAUUUGUUUCAUUUGUAUAAAAAAACAAGCAUCAUUGAGGUGACCUAAUUAGUAUGUAUAAAUCUAUUUCUCUGGCAUCCAUAAGGGAUAUUGGGGUUUACUUAAUACGAUGGGGAUAUAGAAGGGGUCCAAUGGAGCCGGUGCACUUUAAAUUUCUUUCACUGGGUGUGCUGGCUCCUCCCCUCUAUGCCUCCUCCCACAGGCAGUUUAGAAAAAUGUGCCCUCAGGAGAUGAUGCACACUCUGCAGCUCCAGAAAGUUUUCUUCAGUUUGUUUUAAACUUUAUUUUUGGUAUUCUGUCUGGACAACAGUAUACCUGCACUGUGGGAGUUAGGGGGGUGGGGGCGGUUACUGGCCUCUCUAAGGCGUCAGAGCCGCUUCCCCGCUGCAGGACCACCGUCCUCAGAGUUUGUUCCGCGGGGCACUGCGCAUUGGCGGUCACAAUGGCAGCACGCCGCACAAACCUAACAUAGUCUGAAGGUGAGAAGAGUGGUGACUACAAACCGGGGGCCCCACUAGGAGGGUCCCCCGGUUCUUGGUGCGACAUACGGGGGGACUCGCUAUAGCCCCCUGUGUACACUGGCAUCGGUAGUGCAAACUAGCAGCCAUUCUGAUGUUUGCACAGUGUAAGGAGACUUUGCCAGUAUAAAAAACCCAUGUAGCUCUGGCGCCAUUACAGGAGGCGGAGCUUACUCAGAGCGGGACCAGCGGCAUUUUGGCAUCAUCCUCUGCACAGCGCUGCAGCAGCAAGGACACACAGCUCCUCCAGACACUCCGGGAUACACAGGAAAUUGGUACAGGGGAGUAUAACAAGGGGGAGAGCUACUAUUGUACACAAUCUAGCGUCCUAAAUAGGAUAAGUAAUCCGGUUUCUACUGUGAUAUAAAUAUAUUCAGCCUGCAGAUUUUCAUAGUCUGACAGUCCGGAGUGUGCUGUCUCCCUCUUACUCUGGGUCUCCAUCUCACACGCAGUAAGGGCAGGCUUGUUAUUGUACUGUUCUGUGUCGGUGGGUGGGUGUGUGUUACUGUCAUUAUGGUCAAACAUGCAGUAUGCAAGGUUUGUCACACCAGAUUCUCCCCUUCUAACACUGGUUCACUAUCGUGUGACCAAUGCAGUCAGUCUUCCCAAGUUAGCAUGGAGACUGGGGGGGAGGGUCAGGAGCCAUCCUGGCUCAAUGCCAUUGAAACUAUGAUGACAGAGAUGUCGUCUCAGCUCAAUGCUAAUAAAUAGACAACACAACAACUUCAACAGGCUGUUGCAGACCUGGCUGCUAAGGCUGAUGAAAGGCAGCUUCCCCCCACUAGUUCAGGGCCACUUAAACGUGGGCUCCCUGCUCUACUCUCAGACUCUGAUGAGGAUAUUCAAGAGGAGUGGGAGGAAUUGGAGCCUUAUAUAGAAGAUUCCACUUCCACACGGGUAUUGAGCCCCUCAUUCUUGCUAUCAGGGAUGUAUUAAAAAUCCCCUUGGAUGACAAUGCUGCACCGCAGUUGUUCUUCCUAGCACAGAAAAAGCUCAGUAUCACCUUCCCUGAUUCUCCAGAACUAGAUGAGGUUUUUAAACAAGCCUGGAAAAAUCCUGAUAAAAGAUAUCAGGUUACAAGGAGGUUUUCUCUUACGUCGUAGAGGAUGCUGGGGUUCCAUUUAGUACCAUGGGGUAUAGACAGGUCCCUUGG